CCGCCCUCCGGGGCGGGGCCUGGCGGGCCCGGGGAGAGGGCGGGCAGCUCCUGCGGGCAGCGCCGGGGCGGCGGGCCGAAGUUAGGGCUGUCUGCUGUCGCAGUGACAUCGGUGAGCCGAGCCCUGUGCUGGUUGCCCUGCGAGGAGGGCGAGGAGUCGCCGAGCUCGGCGCUUCCCCGGGAAGCCGGCGGGGCUGAGCGCGGCCCCUGCUCCCUCCGGGUCACCCAACCCCGCUCAGAGAGAGCCCGCAUCGCGCUGAACGCUGUGAGAGGGGCGCUGCUGAAAUCGUGCCGUGCCGGUACAGUAAACCAAGAGUAAUCCCAAAGCUGUUCUUGCCCUUUGGAAUUUUAUACAUAAUAAAACUAUUUGGAUAACAAAAUGAAACCUGCCAAGCUGCACUAUUGGAUUUUGGGUUGGUUUUUCAUGGCACUGUGUUGUUGGUGUACUUCAGAUACUUUUAUUCAAAGUGACAUCCACCCUCAUGCCUGGAAAAAGCUCUACUUUGCUCAUCAUUGGCCAGUGACUGUAUGUAAGAUGAAUGCUAAUGAUUGUCAUGACCCUCCAAAGUACUGGACAAUCCAUGGAUUGUGGCCUGACAGAGCUGAAGACUGUAACAGAACAUGGCAUUUCAAUGUCACCGAGAUCAAGGAUCUUUUGUCAGACAUGAGACACUACUGGCCUGAUGUGCUUCAUUCAUCUCUGAAUCGCACUCAGUUCUGGAAACAUGAGUGGGACAAACAUGGCACUUGUGCAGCCACACUUGAGGUCCUUAAUUCUCAGAAAAAAUACUUCGGUAAAGCUAUAGAACUCUACCAGCAUGUUGAUCUCAAUGGUUGUCUCUUGAAAGCUGGGAUAAAGCCAAGCAGUUCAUAUUACAAGAUGACUGUUAUAAAGGAAACUCUUACAAGGUUUUAUGGUGUAACACCAAAGAUACAAUGCCUUCCUCCAGAAGAGGGUGAAGAAGCACAAACAAUUGGCCAGAUUGAAUUCUGCUUCACCAAAGAGCUGCAGCUGGUGAACUGCACAGCACGGGAGGGUGGAUCCAACGCGAUGCACGCUCACUUGAAGCUUGGAACUUCGGAGCUGUCGGUCUGCAAUGAUACUCUCCCAACCUAUUAUCCUUCAGAGGUCCAAAAUCACAAAUGAAGCCAUGGGAGUUUGAAAAACUUUUUCAACAGCAACAAAACCCACACUCAUGUAAUGUUAUGAGCCUCUGUCCACAGACCUAUAGUGAAGAUUUCUGCUAGAAAAGAGAGUUAUUUUGCCAUUAAAGAGGAGUGGUCCACAUUAUGAGAUCAGCAUCUGAUCUACAGCAUGGUCUGGGUUUUUUGGCUUGCUUAUGGUUUGAAUCAAUGUUCAAAAGAGAACUGUGACUUCUCAGUUUGUCAUGCAGUUGUCUGCCACUUUAUCUGCUUUUUGGUUUUUACCAGUGAGUCAGGGAACUUAAUUCUUUGUAUUGAAAGGAUGAUUGUGUCUCUGAGAUGAGGUGGCAGUUUCUUGAGAGGGAAAUAUUGUAAACAGAACUCUUGAAACCUGUCUGGAGGUCCAUUCCCAGAUGUAAUAGCCACUGCCUUGCAUAAUUGCUCUCCAAGUGCAGAACAGAGAUCAUAUCCUCUGAGGUGUUAAACCUUUCUUUGCUGAGAGAUCACAGUGGACCAAAGACAACUGUUCCAUAGCUUCUUAGUGAAAUAAUAAUGUUGUCCAAGUUUGGGCUUUUCUACCUUAAAGAUCUCAGGGAAACUGUAUUGGUAGCCUUACCUGUUCUUUGAUUAUUUCCAUGACAGUAACUCUAUACAGACUUGGGGAACAACCAAUUCUACAACUUACAUGUUAGUUCAGGAGGAUGUUAGGCCCUAGAAAUAUGUUGUUACUAAUUUUGUGUUUGAGCAUUCAGCAUUACUACUUGUGAGUGCCUGCACUUGUAUAUAAAAACAAGAUUUUCACAUCAUUGCUUUGUUCCAAGAAACAUCUUUUUAUAGAUGAAACAAUAAAUACUGCCAGAUUUUCAGUAAAAAGUACAGAUAUUGGCAAAAGUGCAUCUCUACCCCAUAAUGAUGAGUAAAAUGCCAUGAAGAUGGAUGUUUCUAAAGGGAACCAAAUUUUGAUGACAUCUUCCCCAAAGUGCUGUGUUGAUCUGUGUGUCCCAAAUAAAGACAAUUAUGGCUCAAGGAACC